GUAAUAAGUUGGACCUCAACUGGUGCACAAAAAAAGGAGGGGUCGCAAAUUGCAAUAAUCCUAAUUCCUAAGCGUGCAAGUGAAAGCUGGCUGGGGCGCCACUGGACCCGAUUAAAAGUGCGUGGCGGACCUCUUCUCUUUGCUUCUCAGAGCUCCAAUUUAAUUGAACUAACAUCAGCAUCAUCAUCAUCGUUAAAUCCGAAGCUGUUAGAGAAACACUUUCUGUUAAGGAUCCUCAAUGUCAUUUUCUAUGAGUUCGACUUCCAUAGGACUCCUCAAAAUCGGUUUAUUUCCAGGAGUGAAGGUUUUGCAUAGUAAAUGUGCAGCCCCCGUUUCAAGAUCCUCGCGUAGAUUAUUUAAAGUCCGUGCAGCGCAAAACAAUGGAGGACCUAGACGACUGGUUGAUAUAAUUCGAAUUGUGCCAGAGAUCUCAAGUAACUACUUCAAGAAACCUUCUCGCAGGGCACUUUUUGGAGGUAUAUCCUUGUUAGGUGGAUUUUAUGUGGCUCAGACCAUUUCCCUCUCUUUUGGAGCUUUAGGUGUCAAUGAUGUUAUUGCUGCGGUGGUGUGUGUUCUUCUUACAGAGUAUGUCACUAGAUUCUAUUACAGCCGGCCAAAGGUGACUUUCCCGGUAGCUCUCCUGAACAAUUUCAAGAUGGGUUUUACCUAUGGUCUUUUUAUUGAUGCUUUUAAGCUUGCCAGCUGAGGAAGACAAUAUAUAUAACUCGAUAUUAAAUUUGUGGAUUAGGUGUAGAGUGGCAACUAGUGCAAUUUGAUUCUUUCUGAAGUUAUUUCUGUAGUUCUUAUGAUAAGUGUGCCUCAGAUGCAUAACAUCAACACUUGAUCAUUGAUCAGUGAGUGAUGGUAUGUCCUAAAACCACCAAGUGUAUUCAGCUCGAUGCGGUUGCUUAUAUGAAUGAUAAUCAUCAUCUAUAGCA